CCUUUAUAAGUCCCAUUUGAUAGAAACCAAGAAACCCACCCCCACCACAGGCCAAGAAGAAAAAAACACAAUGGUCACCCCAUCCAACCUCAAAACCCUGCACCCUCAAGUUUUCUCUGCAAAGUCACCAUCUUCUACCUUAAGCUCCAUGAAGAUCAAAACCCUUAUCCACACUCUCAUUAUCUCACACGUGUCCCGGAUUGUUCGAGCUCUGUCCAAAUCAAAAACAAUGCUCGUUCAGAUUCUCAAAAAAAGCCAGCCUAUGAACCUCAUUUGCGCUACAAAGGAAACCAAAAGGAAGCACAGGCAAAGGAAGGUAUUUUUUGGUUCCUUUAGGUUGCACUAUAACUGGUGCUCUUCCCAUGUUCUGCCAGUGCAAGAACCAGUAGUUCCUGAGGAGUUUUCUUCUGCAUCUAAUCUGUACUAUGAUUCAACGUGGAAUUCUUUAAUUACAACAAGUAAUCAGGAAAAUCCGGAGUCUCAGCUUUCAAGGUACCUUCAUUGGCUGGAAGAUCAAAAGGUUCAAGACAAGUCCAGUAAUGGAGAUCCAGAGGGAGAUGUGAACGAGAUUGAUCGGCUAGCAGACAUGUUCAUUGCAAGCUGCCAUGAAAAGUUCAUGCUGGAGAAGCAAGAGUCCUAUAGGAGAUUCCAGGAGAUGAUGACUAGAAGCAUGUGAAUGUGAUUUCACAUAUAUUUCUUUAAUUUCAUUUUUUCUUUCGCAUUCUUCUAUGUUAAUUUUAUUGGUGGGAGUGCAUGCAUUAAUUGAGGGCUAAUUUUAAUUUUUUUCUCUUUUUUUUUUGGAUAUUGUACUUUAUUUUAAAAUGAUAGGAGGCUAGAGAGAAUUGUACCUGAUAAUGGGGGGUUUUGUUGGGGGCCAAUAGAAGAAGGUAAUUGUCCAAUUCUUAUCUUGAAAUGGGUUUGCAAUGGUGGAAGUGUGUUAUUUUCCUUUU